GGACAGUUGGCUCAUGAGCCAUUUAAAAGUUAUAUUCUUCAAGAAUCUAUGGGUACAUAUAAUUAAUUUAUAAGUCCAAAAAUGGAUGUAGCAACAGCUGAUUGUCCCUUUAACCAUUUAAAAUGUAAACUUCAAUGUGGGAGGUACGUUCCUAGAAUCCCAUAUAUCAAGGACCUUUACACAAGCAAACACUCAGCCAAUGAUUUAUAUAAACAUCAUUGCACUCUGCCCUCAACAUUCGCCACACAUUUGACGAUUGGUGUUGCAACAUGCAAGUUGCCUGCACUUCUAUUUGCUCAUUUUUUUCGGGAUAAUACGAGACAGACGGUAUGUCACGGCGUGUGUGUGUGAUUGGAGGGGGAAGUUCAGGUCUGACCAGCAUCAAGAGCUGUCUGGACGAGGGUCUGGAGCCCACCUGCUUCGAGAGCAGUGAUGACAUCGGGGGACUGUGGAGGUUCAAGGAGAACCCGGAGGCUGACAGGGCCAGUAUCUACCACUCUGUCAUUAUCAACACCUCCAAGGAGAUGAUGUGUUUCUCGGACUUUCCCAUCCCCGCCCACUUCCCCAACUACAUGCACAACUCCCUCAUCAUGGACUACUUCCGCAUGUACGCCGAACACUUCCAACUCACCAAGCACAUACGCUUCCAGAUCAGAGUCCUCCAGGUGAAGCCAAGACCAGAUUUCUCUCGUUCGGGCCAGUGGGAUGUGGAGACGGAGAACAAGAAGGGAGAGAAGGAGAAACAUAUCUUUGAUGCUGUGAUGAUCUGUAUAGGACACCACUGUCACCCCAACCUGCCUCUACACGACUUCCCAGGUAUCGACACAUUCAAGGGCCAGUACUUCCACAGCCGGGACUAUAAGACGGCAGAGGAGUGGCGGGGGAAGAGGGUGGUGGUGAUCGGCAUCGGCAACUCUGGAGGAGACAUCGCUGUGGAACUCAGCAGGGUCACCAAACAGGUAUUCCUCAGUACCAGGCGUGGGGCAUGGAUCCUCAACCGUGUGGGUCAACAAGGGGUGCCAUUGGACAUGGAAUUAAACAGAAGGGCGUUAAAGAUGGCCCAGGCUAUUCUGCCCUUUGGCCUGCGCUGCAGACUGGGAGAGAACAGAGUCAACCAGAGAUUCAACCACAGCCUCUACUCUCUACAGCCCAAACACAGGAUGUUCAGCCAGCACCCUACAGUGAAUGAUGAGCUGCCCAACCGGAUCCUGUCUGGCACAGUGCAGGUCAAACCCAACAUCCGCAGGCUCCAGGGGUCCAGCAUUGAGUUUGACGACGGAACCGUGGAGGACAACAUAGACUUGGUGGUGUUUGCUACUGGCUACAACUUCUCCUUCCCCUUCCUACCGUCCCAUGUGCUGCCGGUUUCCAGUAACAAGGCCAAUCUGUAUAAGUACAUAUUCCCUCCGGGGUUAGAGCGCCCCACACUGGCCGUUAUAGGGCUGGUGCAGCCGCUUGGAGCCAUCAUGCCCAUCUCUGAGAUGCAGGCCCGAUGGGCCACCAGGGUCUUCAAAGGGCUGAAUAAGCUUCCCUCAAUGGACUGCAUGCUGAAGGACAUUAAACACAAGGAGGAGACAAUGGCUAAGAGGUAUGUGACCUCCCAGAGACACACCAUCCAGGUGGAUUACAUAGACUACAUGGACCAGAUAGCUGACCAGGUGGGGGUGCGUCCCAGCCUCCUAGGGCUGCUGCUGUGGGAGCCUGGUGUGUGGCUGUGUGUGCUGCUGGGGCCCUGCACCCCAUACCAGUACCGUCUGAGAGGCCCGGGACAGUGGGACGGGGCCCGACAGGCCAUCCUGACUACGUGGGAUCGGAUGGCAGGAGCCCUGAAGACCAGGCCCUCUGACAUCCCUGAGCCCAAGAAGAGCUCCCUGCCCCUGGCCCUAACCGUGGGGGGUGCUGCCCUGGCUCUGGGAUACUACUGGAACAUACACAACCACCCAUCCCUCCUCAUCGCCCUGGACCCCACCACUCUGCUGGACAAGAUCAAACCAUACCUGCCAGUGUUGUGGUAACCCACUGGGGAACAAACCCAGGCUGUGACUGGGUGUUAGCCCAGCCAUGUUAGCCCACUGAACUAAAGCCUAGCCCUCAGUCAUUCCACAUAUUUAUUAAAUUCCAGUAUAAGUACACCUACACCAGCUGUACUAGUCGUGGUAUAUAACAAAUAUGUUUAAUGACUCAGGGUUCCAGAGUACUAGGUUUUGUAACAUUGGUUUGGUUGACUAAUGCCCAUUAGCCCAUUGAGCUAAAGCCAAGGAGGUCACCUCCAUUAGACCAGGACAGUGACCUGAAACAAACUCAUAACCCAGAUGAGCUAUUAACCAGAAAUACAGAAAUGCAAUAGCAGGCAGGAAUCACUAACUGUCUGUUGAUUAAUCUGCCAGGUCGUCUUUGUGAAAGAUGUGAGUUAUACCAACUAAUCAGGGAACACAAAUUAUGUUCCAAUGAAUCUCUCAUAACCAAUAAUUCACAAAUUGGAUGCACAGAAUUUGAAAUAAUACACUAAUAUUGCACUUUGCGUUAUCCACAGUAUGGUGCCUGUUCUCAUAAUUGCUGGGAUUCCAUUUUACUUGAUGCCACAGUGCCUAAGACUGAUCAAAUAUACUGUAAUGUCCUUUCUUUUGUUCUAUAACCUUAUUUUCUAAUAGCAAAAUUCUUAUAGGAAAGUGUGGUAUAGUACAUUUUUGCCUUGAUGUUUGGAUUGGCUUCAAGUGUUACAAGUUUGUAAUUCAUUAAUCUAUUAAAGUUUAUGCACACACCAACCUA